ACGAGAACAAUUUUCUAAUCUUCGAUUUUAUUCUUUGCGGUUUGUCUUCCGGCGGGACCAGCUAAGGCCCGAGGCUCCCUGUUUUCUGGCCUGCUCUCUGCUCUACACUCCGCUGCCUCUUUCGUCGCCCUCUCUCGAUCUCCCGCCGUCGCCUCCGCUCCCGUCGGCCGUUUCCGCCGCCGCCGCCGCUCAGUUCUUCACUCGGCCUCGCUUCUUCAAAUGAUUUAAGAACCACCCAUUUAUUAUAUAGUUGGUUGCGGGCGUGCAAUCUAGUUUGGCGGUCGAGAAUGUUGUCUCCUGCUCAUUCAUCAUUCUAGGCUUCCAGUCCAAUUCUGAACUAGUUCUUCUCUGUCCUUGUUAAUUUUGGGACUUCUAAGAUGUCUCCUUUGACCUCAUCGUUAGUAACAGUUCCCUUCUGUUCUGGCAUGUAUAAAUUGUAUAGCUUGAAAGCUCAUAAGAGUACUUCUUCUGUCGUAAGAGUUCCUGCUUCUUGCCAAGCUUCAUGCGGUGUUACCGGGCAUAUGCACAGAGUUUUCAUGCGCCAACCUUCAGACAGUUUAAAGCGUGCUCCAAGAGAUUGCGGUUCUCAGUCCUUCACUGGUGAUGAUACUUCAUUUUUUGAUUGGGGCGACCUAGAGCUGGAUGGCGAUGAGGAUGUGGACUCUCCGUGGGAAGGUGCUGUUGUUUAUAAGAGAAAUUCUUCAGUUUCACAUGUAGAAUACUGUACCACCUUAGAGAGGCUUGGGUUAGAGAAGCUUUCGACAGAGUUAUCCAAAUCUAGGGCCUCAGCGAUGGGAAUUCGUGUGACCAAAGCCGUGAAGGAUUAUCCUCAUGGAACACCUGUACAGAUAUCCAUUGAUGUCAGCAGGAAGAAGCAAAAGUUGAGGCUUGACGGGAUACUAAGAACUGUCAUCACUCUUGGUUGUAACAGGUGUGGCGAGCCUGCCGCUGAGUGCAUAUACUCCAAUUUCUCACUUUUGUUGACCGAAGAUCCCAUUGAAGAGCCUGAACUUAUCGACAUGGGGGUCAUCUUUGGACGAGAUAAGUCCAAACCAUCCCCAGCUGAUGAGGAAGGAGAUGACGAGGAUGAGGGUUCUAUCGACCUGGAUGACCGGCUGUAUUUUCCUCCUGAAGAGAAGGAAAUUGACAUCUCGAAGCACCUAAGGGACUUGGUGCAUGUGGAGAUCACCAUAAACGCGGUGUGCGAUCCUAAUUGCAAGGGCAUGUGCCUCAAAUGCGGGACGAACCUGAACACCAGCAGUUGCGCUUGCAGGGAAGAUCCGGUGGAAAAGAAAGUUCAGGGCCCUCUCGGAAACCUUAGAAAGCAAAUGCAGCGGAAUUGAUAUUGAACCGGUGUAAUCGUAGCUUUUUGUUUGAUCCAUGCUUGUUGAUCAAUCGACAUUUUUUCUGUCAAUUAUGCAAGUGCUACAAAAUGAAGCAUUGAGAUU